GUGAUUUUGGAGAUUGGAAGUGUCUGCAUGUAAAGAAAUGAACAAACAACUUUUUGAUGCUGUGGAGAGAAAUGAGGUGGAGGCAGUCACUCGUUUGAUUAAAAGUGGUGCAGACGUUAAUACACGUCGUUGGUCUGGGAAUUGGACUCUUCUGAUACAAGCUUGUCAUGACGAUAACAAGGAAAUGAUUUAGGUGCUAUUAAGAAGUGGAUCGGACGUGAAUAAGGCUACCAAAUAUGGAAUGACAGCUUUGAUUUGGGCAGCGAUUAAUGGAAAUGAGAAGAUUUUUGAUUUACUCAUCAAACAUCAUUCAGAUUUGUUGAAGAAGGAUAAAUGGGGAAGAACGGCUAUUCAUUAUGCUGCUAUAUGCAAUCACGUGACUAUUAUAGAGAAGCUCUUUUUUCUUGGUGUGUCUGUUGAUAUCAAUGAUAAUGAAGGCUGUACACCACUGUGGUUAGCUGCGAGUAAUGGUCAUGUUUCUUGUGUUGACUUUCUUCUAAACCAUAGAGCAAGUCCUCACCAUAAAAGUCAGAAGGGAUCACCACUGGAUGUUGCUAAGCAACAUGGUCAUGUUGAUGUGGUACAGAUGAUGGAAGAAGCCAUAAGAUAUAGGAAUAGGUUUUUGUUAGAUUGGUGA